AUGCUAGCCAUUAUGAUAGAGGAGGUAGAGUGUAUAGAGACUAAUUUCACUCCUCGCGAUACUAGACUUACGGUUUGCUCCCCACUAGCUACUUCGGAGCCCGAAAGCAGCGGUCCGCGGAAUAAGUAUUUAUAUUUCUUUAAGAGUAAAUCUAUACAGCGUAGCGUAGCCGACGGGCGUAAGGCAUACCGGAGGAUCUACUCCGGUAGAUUAAGGCGUUCUACUCGGAACGAACGGCGACUAUACAAAUUAAUAGGUAAUUAUCUAAGGUCUAAAGCUUACUACAGGCUAGACUGCCGUAGGGCUCGCCGCUAUCCCCGAUCCUAUUCCUCUUCUUUAACGCAGACCUCGUAUAACGACAGAUCGACAGCUAGGGAGGAUAAUCGGGAAGGUAUUAAAGCAAUUAUCAAUAAAGGGCCUUUCACUAUUAAGGGACAAGCGGUUAAGCCUAAAGACUAUAUCAAGAUUUUAGGUGUCCUUAUAGACGCGAGACUUAAGUAUAAGGAACAUAUCGCGAGGGCAGUAUCUAAAGGCCUAGAGAUAUACGCUUAUAAAGAUAAGGUAAUCGGGCCGAUUAACCGAGUCCAAAAGAUAGGAGCUAGCUCGGCACGAAACGGGCUCGUAGGAUUCGGGGUAGCGAUCGAGAAGCAGCCACCUCGGUAUCGAAAACUAAAACUAAAGACCUUUUCCGUAACAUUAGGCGCAAGAUCAGAGCAGAAUCCAUUCUCCGCAGAGCUAGUAGUAAUAGCAUAUACAUUAAACAUACUAGAUUAUACUACUCACAAGCAACAAAACAGCGGCUCUCACGAUAAAGAACCCUCGAUAACAGUCAGACCAGGAGUUCGUCUACCAAACAACCGCAACCUAAAAGGAUACUUCCCUAUAAAAAUCAGUUCCCAGGAUAAAGUCGACAACGCUAAAUAUCGCUCGAUAAACAAGAGAGACCGUAGAACACUUCCUCUUUCGAUAUCAGAAGUAGACCGCACACCGGACGGAAAUACUACAAUAUACCCAUACUCACCGAGGUAA